AAGGAGUUUUGGGAGGAUCCAGAAAAUACUGUAUAGAUUCCACAAUGGAGGAUGGGAAGCCCGUUUGGGCUCCACACCCAACUGAUGGGUUUCAGAUGGGGAUGAUUGUGGACAUUGGCACUAACAACUUAACUAUUGAACCUUUGAAUCAGAAAGGCAAGACUUUCCAGGCUGCUAUCAAUCAAGUGUUUCCUGCGGAAGAGGACAGCAAAAAAGAUGUAGAAGAUAAUUGUUCCCUUAUGUAUUUAAAUGAGGCCACUCUCCUUCACAAUAUCAAAGUUCGGUACAGUAAAGACAGAAUUUACACCUAUGUAGCCAACAUUCUUAUUGCAGUGAACCCGUAUUUUGAUAUACCUAAGUUUUAUUCUUCAGAAACUAUUAAAAUGUACCAGGGUAGAUCACUUGGGACAUUGCCACCACAUGUUUUUGCUAUUGCUGAUAAAGCAUUCCGUGACAUGAAAGUGCUCAAGAUGAGUCAGUCCAUCAUAGUCUCUGGAGAAUCGGGAGCUGGCAAGACAGAAAACACUAAAUUUGUUUUGAGGUAUUUGACAGAAUCCUAUGGUACUGGGCAAGAUAUUGAUGAUAGAAUUGUAGAAGCAAAUCCCCUAUUAGAAGCCUUUGGAAAUGCAAAGACUGUUCGCAACAACAACAGCAGUCGUUUUGGGAAAUUUGUAGAAAUUCACUUCAAUGAAAAGAACUCGGUGGUUGGUGGAUUUGUAUCGCAUUACCUUCUGGAGAAAUCUAGGAUCUGUGUGCAAGGCAAAGAAGAGAGGAAUUAUCAUAUCUUUUACAGACUUUGUGCUGGUGCUCCAGAAGACAUUAGGGAAAAACUAUAUCUAAGCUCUCCUGACAACUUUAGGUAUUUAAAUCGAGGCUGUACCAGAUACUUUGCUAACAAAGAAACAGACAAGCAGAUUUUGCAGAAUCGCAAGAGUCCUGAGUAUCUCAAAGCAGGUUCCUUGAAGGAUCCACUCUUAGAUGAUCAUGGAGAUUUUAAGAGAAUGUGCACAGCAAUGAAAAAGAUUGGACUGGAUGAUGCAGAAAAACUCGAUCUUUUUAGGGUAGUCGCUGGUGUCCUUCACCUUGGAAAUAUUGAUUUUGAGGAAGCUGGGAGCACUUCAGGGGGCUGCACGCUGAGGCCGCGGAGCGAGCCGGCGCUGGAGCGCUGCGCCGCGCUGCUGGGCCUGGAGCCGGAGGACCUGCGCGGCAGCCUCACGGCGCGCGUCAUGCUCACCACGGCAGGGGGCGCCAAAGGAACGGUCAUCAAGGUACCCUUGAAAGUGGAACAAGCAAACAAUGCUCGUGAUGCCUUGGCUAAAACGGUGUACAGUCAUCUGUUUGACCAUGUAGUGAACAGGGUAAACCAGUGUUUUCCAUUUGAGACUUCUUCUUUCUUCAUUGGAGUUCUAGAUAUAGCUGGUUUUGAAUACUUUGAGCACAACAGUUAUGAACAAUUCUGUAUUAACUACUGUAAUGAAAAACUGCAGCAGUUUUUUAAUGAAAGGAUUCUGAAAGAGGAACAAGAACUUUACCAAAAAGAAGGGCUGGGUGUUAAUGAAGUGCGCUAUGUAGAUAAUCAGGACUGUAUAGAUUUGAUUGAAGCAAAAUUAAUAGGUCUACUGGAUAUUUUGGAUGAAGAAAAUCGUCUUCCCCAACCAAGCGACCAGCAUUUUACUUCUGUUGUGCACCAAAAACACAAGGACCAUUUCAGACUCUCUAUUCCUAGAAAGUCUAAAUUGGCUGUUCACAGAAAUAUCAGAGAUGAUGAAGGCUUUAUUAUCCGACAUUUUGCAGGAGCAGUAUGCUAUGAGACGAUGCAAUUUGUGGAAAAAAACAAUGAUGCUUUGCACAUGUCCCUUGAAUCUCUUCUAUGUGAAUCCAAGGACAAGUUUGUUCGACAGCUCUUUGAAUCUAACACUAACAACAACAAGGAUCCCAAACAAAAAGCUGGGAAACUUAGUUUCAUAAGUGUGGGAAACAAAUUCAAGACUCAGUUAAAUUUGCUUCUUGAGAAGCUUCACAGUACUGGGUCUAGCUUUAUUCGCUGUAUCAAACCUAAUUUAAAGAUGACAAAUCACCAUUUUGAAGGAGGACAGAUUCUCUCGCAGCUUCAGUGUUCAGGAAUGGUGUCAGUUCUGGAUUUGAUGCAAGGUGGUUUCCCUUCACGAGCUUCAUUUCAUGAACUGUAUAAUAUGUACAAGAAGUACUUGCCUGAAAAACUGGCUCGACUGGAUCCUAGGCUUUUUUGCAAGGCACUUUUUAAAGCCUUGGGAUUGAAUGAAAAUGAUUAUAAAUUUGGGCUAACCAAGGUGUUUUUUAGACCUGGCAAGUUUGCAGAGUUUGAUCAGAUAAUGAAGUCUGAUCCAGAUCACUUAGCAGAGCUAGUUAAACGAGUGAACCACUGGCUUAUCUGCAGUCGUUGGAAAAAAGUUCAGUGGUGUUCUCUCUCAGUGAUUAAAUUGAAAAAUAAGAUAAAAUACCGAGCCGGUGCCUGCAUUAAAAUACAAAAGACUAUCCGUAUGUGGCUUUGCAAGAGAAAGCACAAACCACGCAUUGAUGGCCUGAUAAAAGUGCGCAAGCUGAAGAAAAGGCUUGAUAAAUUUAAUGAAGUAGUAAGUGCUCUGAAGGAAGGGAAGGCGGAGACAAGCAAGCAGGUCAAGGAGCUGGAAUAUUCUAUUGAUGCUUCAGUGACCAAAAUUAAGACCACUAUAAUGACUAGGGAACAGAUACAGAAAGAAUAUGAUGCUCUAGUUAGAAGUUCAGAGCAACUUCUGAGCGCACUGCAAAAGAAGAAACAGCAAGAGGAGGAAGCAGAGAGGCUACGACGCAUACAGGAGGAAAUGGAAAAAGAAAGAAAGAGACGUGAAGAGGAAGAACAACAACGAAGGAAGGAAGAAGAGGAAAGACGUCUGAAAUCUGAGAUUGAGGCAAAAAGAAAACAUGAAGAAGAAGAGAGGAAAAAGAGGGGAGUUGAAGAAAAGCGUAUUCAGGCUGAAAUUGAGGCUCAGCUGGCUAGAGAACGAGAAGAGGAAACCCAGCAUCAGGCAGUGCUUGAACAGGAACGUCGUGAUCAUGAACUUGCAAUGAGAAUUGCCCAGAGUGAGGCAGAACUCAUCAGUGAUGAGGCUCAGCUUGAUUUAGGAUUGCGCAGAGCCAAUGGAACAAAGCUGCAAAUGACUGCGGAACAAAUGGCCACAGAAAUGUCAGAAAUAUUGUCUAGGGGUCCUUCAGUUCAAGCCACAAAAGCCGCUGCUGGUACUAAGAAGCAUGAUCUCAGUAAGUGGAAAUAUGCAGAGCUUCGUGAUACAAUCAAUACAUCUUGUGAUAUUGAAUUAUUGGCAGCUUGCAGAGAAGAGUUUCACAGAAGACUAAAGGUAUAUCAUGCUUGGAAAUCCAAGAAUAAGAAACGCAAUGCAGAAACAGAACAGCGUGCUCCCAAAUCAGUCACAGACUAUGAUUUUGCACCAUUUUUGAGCAACUCACCUCAGCAGAACCCGACAACCCAGCUACCAGCCAGACAAAAAGAGAUUGAAAUAAACAGACAGCAGCGUUACUUUCGCAUUCCCUUCAUCCGUCCUGCUGACCAAUACAAAGAUCCCCAGAACAAGAAGAAGGGCUGGUGGUAUGCACAUUUUGAUGGGCCAUGGAUUGCUCGACAAAUGGAACUUCAUCCUGACAAGGCACCCAUUCUCCUUGUAGCAGGUAAGGAUGAUAUGGAUAUGUGUGAGCUUAACCUUGAAGAGACUGGCUUAACUCGAAAGCGAGGUGCUGAAAUUUUGCCGAGACAGUUUGAAGAAAUUUGGGAGCGCUGUGGAGGUAUCCAGUAUCUUCAAAAUGCAAUUGAAAGCAGACAAGCUCGUCCUACGUAUGCUACAGCUAUGCUGCAGAACCUAUUGAAAUAAAUGGUCAUUUUGCCCAGUAGCGUUUGAGAGGAGAACCCUUGGCCGUGCUACAAAGGGAAGAGUUCCUCUGGGCAACAGAGGACGUAAACAUUCUAUAAUCAUAUUAGAGAUGUUUAAUAUAAAGUGAACAGAUUUUAUUAAUCAUGUGGUUUGUUAAUUUGUACUUUAUGAUGUUUAAUUUGUGUAGUGAGCUCUACUAGGUAUGAGGACCUUAAAGAAACUUCAGUCAGUGUAGUUUGUUGCAUUUUGUUUAUAUGUUGCAUUUUCUUUAACAGUUUCUGUUGUAACUCUUUUAACACUUUUAAGCAAUCUGUCUGUACUUGGGUACAUAUUACAAAGAACUGCAUUGCAACCACCUUGUUAUAAAAUCCCCUCUUUAAAACACUGAGUAGUUGGUUUCAACUGGUGGCCUAGUAAAGAGGAUUACGCUGUUUCUAAUAACUGGAAUUGUGAGGCCUUAGCUUUGACUUCUAUUCCGGAGAAGUUGGAGUAUACUUUUAUAUAGUCUGAGACAUUUUAUGUCCUGAUUUGAGAACUGAUUGGUGUCUGUAUUUACUGAGUUUUUCAGAGACUGAUGGGAAAUCCUCUUAAACUUGAGACCCGUAAAUUCCUGUUUAAUGUAUUCUCUGUCUUGGUUUAAGAGAAAUGGUUUUCUGUACAUUCUGAGAAGAGCAUUCAUAUAUGUCAAUAUUGUGUAAUAUUGGAGGUACUCAAAGAAUGUACUGCUCACUAGGGCUUAUACUGCUUCUCUCUUAGUUUCUUUUUCUUUUUUAAGUACAAAUUUCCUUUAGACUUCUAUUUUUUCUCACCAAAUUUCCAUUAGGAAUUCUUGGAUAGUUUGUUUAUCCAGGUAGUGUAAUUUCAAUAUAUUACUCAAAAUUGUCCAAGACUUGUAUCAGGAGGCAUGUAAGAGUACAGAUAGUGUAAAGGAGAUAUGUUCAGCUUUUUGUUGGCAGCGUAACUUAACUGAAUAGUGAGGCCUGAGCCUCAGAUGUCUUGUUUAUUUUGAUUGUAACAAGAUGCUCAAGGUCUGCACCUUUUGUUAGACUGUAUAAAAAUUUGGUCCAGUAACAUAAUGCAUCAUCCUAGUACUAUGUGCUGAUGAAAUAGCUACAAUUUUUAUCAUACUGAAAUACCAUAGUGAUUUGGACACUAGCUUUAUCUUCAUCUUUUCUGUCAAGCUUGUAACAGUUCCCUUAUUAAGCAGUUUGUUUUGGGAGUUUUUGUGGGUGGGAGUUCUUAGUUUCAUACGGUUUUAAGAUGCAUUUUGUUCACUUAUGUGAACAUUGUUCCACCACGCUGGCCAUUAUUUCAACAAGUUAAACUUGAUUAUUUAUUAUCUCUGUGAUAUGAAUUUGAAAUAUAGGUAGCUUUAUGUCCAAUUACUUACUCAACCCGAUUUAAAAAUGAAGUUUUGCUAUAUGAAUUGGCAAGGUUUGCUUACACUAUAAAAUAAUUUCCUCACUGUUUACCUCUUGAAAACUUCAGUUUUUAAAUGCACAAAUAUACCUAAUUAAUAACUUUCAAGAGGUACAGUUCUGUAGCACGGAGAAAGCUCCUGAUGCAUACAUCCUUGCUGACCUUAGAUUGUGCUUGCAUGCCACUGUCUGCUGCUUGUUAUAAAUGCCCUCCUUGCUGUAAUACAUGCAGAGAUACUUGAGUAAUGCACUAACUCUGUCUGAAUCCGUUGUACCAGGGAAUCUCGGCUUCCACUGCGUACCCACUCGACUUUUUGGUCAUGUGAUUGCAAACAAGAAAAUGUUUUCAUUUUACCCAAAUUUUCCACUGAAGCAGUAAUUUUUGGCUGGAAGAUGAGAGGAGAAGUGCAUCAGGCUGCUGGCUACCAAGUUCUGUACAAACCUGUACAGUGUUGCAUGUGUUUAAAGGUGCUGCUUAUGAAAUUUAGAUUAGUGGUUUAAUGUCUUACUGAAUUUAGAACCAAAGUUUCAGAACUUCCAGUCUCCAGAAACUUAGCACUGCAAGAAGCUGUGAUCGCUCAUGCAAUACAAGGAAGAAAAAAUCACUGAACUGAUGGGGCUGAGGUGCUCUAUUCUGGAUUUAUGACUGUCUGGAUUUAGUGUCUUAAUUCUUUCAAUCUCAGUGUAUAUAUAUAUAUAUAUAAAAAUGGAUCUUAUAAGACUAUAAGUCUUAUAAGUCUUAAGUAUGUGUGUGUAUGUAUAUACACAUAUAUAUGCUUAAACAUUUUAGUAUAUGUAUGUGUAAACAUACUUGUGGGGAACCUAAAUAAAAUUAACUGAAUUUUCCACUCUGUUCCUUUGAUUAUGCCAGGAUUUCCAUGACUGGCAUCAGAAAGAAAAUUCAUUUUUCAGAAUGGGGGUGUAUAGGGAUUCUUCUUAACUAAAUAACUAACAAAUAUGAGCUAUCAGGAAAAUAAAAUUGACUUCGAAGUAGUGGAAUAAGAACUGGUGGCUGGAUGUUCUCAAACUAGCUGUUCCCACCUCUCUGCACUGCUUCAGCAGUAUGCCUGAGGCAAGCAGAAGAUGCAUUCCAAAAAUCGGAGUAUUCUAAUUUGCACAGUGGCAGGCUGUUUGUUUUGUUUUGUUUUUUCCUCUCCGCACCAAAAGCAGCAUCCGCGUUUAGUUUUACUGAUCUUUUUGUGCAACAAAAUCAAUUUUCAAAUAAUUUCAUAAUUUUGGUUUUUGUUCUGUUUUGGUUUUUGCUAACAUCAGGCAAUAUUCAGCUGCUUACCAGUUGUUUCUGUAGUCUCAUCUACUGUGUCAGAUAAUUAUACUGUUGGUUGAUUUGGAGAGGAAAUAAAAAAGCAGGGGAGGGGUUUAAUAUGUAGGACUGUAGUAUUACUUAGUGCCCUUCUGAUCUAUGGUUAUAGAGAAAAACCUCAUUUGCUUUUUAAAGCAAAAUGUUGGCUUGGUUCUGUGUGUUUGAUUUUUUUAAAAAAAAAAAUCUUCCUGCCUCUCAGUGAAGCUGUCUAUUAUAGCUGAGAUCUUCUGCAUGAAACACUCCACAAAACAAAGGAGAGGAAGCGAAUCGCCGUGCUAGGCUGCAUUCCUGACUAGGUGACCUAGGAAUAUGAAUUUUCUAGAGAAGGCUACUUUGAAGAUCACAAGGUCAUUAAAUACUUGUCUUUCACUCACUGAUAAGAUUGUUUUUCUUUACCUAGUUGAAUCCUUUGGUUUUUUCUCCAAAAUCUUUAUUUAAAGUAUUUAAAUGACCUCCUAAUACUGUACUGAAAAUUAAAAAAAAAAUAAAUACAUUCCAUGCUGAAAUCUCAGUUGUAUCUCUCUUACCAUUUUGUCUUUAAAGAUUUAAUUUAAUUUACCCUUACUUAUUCUGCUUUAUGAGAAGGAUAAAAAGAUUUCUGUGCUGGAACUGCCUGCUGCUUUUCUGUCAGAUGUUUAUGGUACUUAAAACUACUCUAGUAACAAUUUUGUCUUUAAUUUCUAAGGUAAGUAUUCCUCAAAAAUAACAUUCUGAUAUCUAAAAAAUCUGAUUUUGUUACCUUUGAGUCUUAUGCCUCAUUUCUCAGUAUUUGUUGAAACAAGCAUCUUUUUACUUUUAUUACUAUUUUUUAACCUUUAUUGCUAUCGCUUCCGACAUAUUUAUCAUUUGCUAUGCUGUGUGCUGUUUGCAUUUUUUCGUUUUAAAUUUUGACUACCAGUGAGUAGUGAAACCAAUUAUGAGGCUUCAAGUUUGUAUGGUGGAGGAAAAGCUUUAUGUUUGGGGUAGAGAUGUAGUGUUGCUUUUGUUUUGGUUUUGUUUUGGUUUUGGGUUUUGUCUUUUUUUAAAAGAGUGUUGUCAAACUUUCCCAUCCUAAGAGCCAAAUCAGAGUGGUAUUUUUUUAAUUUAAGAAGGUAGAAGUAAUUCAGACUUUGGUAUCUAGGAGAUAUAAUUUUAUUUCACUUUCCUUAUGGCUUUCAUCUCCAACUGUAGCUUUACAUCAGUUUUAAGAUAACAUCACGUGUUUUAGUGUGAAAUUAAAUAUCAGUUCGAUUCCUUGUGAAAUUUUCAAGUAAAUAGUUUUAUUAUAUUUUAUUGAAAUACAAAAGGCUUACAUCCAGCAAAUAUAUUUGGUAAUUAACAGUUGAGAGUGAUAAAUACAAUCAUGAAUAAUCAUUAUUAAAAUACACAUUUAAAAAUUACUUUAUUUUUAAAUCUGACUAGUGAUAGAUACUGUGAAUUGAAAUAUACUAAACACAUACAAAAAUACAUUUGUAAUGGAAAAAAAAUUGAAUGCUUUUAGCAUUCUUAAUGCAUUCUUAACUUACAUGAGCAGUAGUGAAAAGCUAACAUUUUUUGGCAGGGAUGACUUCCAGUGCCCUGCAAGAAGUAUUUUUAAUGUACAGUUUUAUUCUGAAGUGUUACGGUGUAAAACCACAUCUUAGGUAUCUUUUUUUUGUUGUUGGUUUUUUUUUUUUUUUUUUUUUUCCCUAGUUAAAUAAAGUAAGUCAAAAUACUAUUUCAGCUGUAAAAAUUUGACUUUGUGUUCUUGGUGCAUUGCCUUCAUUUGUACACAAUCACCAGUUCUGGUGGUUUUGCCAGCAAAUCUGUUUGUGCAGUUAAUUGUUUGGAAUUGGUAAACAGUUCUUUUCAGCAAUAAGGUAAACUAAAGUUCAGCCUUUGCUGUGGUAACUGUGUGGUACAAAGUAAAAAGAAUCGUCACUUAAAUCAUCUGCUAUCCUGAAUACAUUACAUGGAAGUUGCACAUCUGAGUGAGGAGCUGUCAUCCAGUUACAGUCAUGGACUUGGUAGAAGCUCAGUUUGAGCUGUAAGUACAACUCCUGAUAUGCACCAAGCAGCAAACAGUGCCUGAACAUUAUGCAACACUGGUGCAGCAUAUACACAGAGAUAUUCUCAAGAAGAUGAUGGAUCAGGAUUGUGGAUCCAUAGAGCAUAAAUUACUAAACCUAUACAGUACCUGAUGGCCACCCAUUGUCUGCUUAGAUUUCUUCUACAAAAACUAACAGUUAAUUUCUCAAAAUGAUCUGUGUGUAUACUGAGUUUAAAGUGUAUGCGCUUAUGUGCGACUACACAAUCUACUGGCUACUGGGAGGGUGCCUGUGAAUAUAAAUCUCAUGCCCUAAGAAGAUGAAGCUGCAGGUAUUGUGCCUCAGCAAAAUGCCAGAAGUCUUAGGAUAACCUGACAGUUUAACUGUCACCAGAAAUUAAGCAGUGAAGUGUAUAUGUACGUACGUGUAUAUAUAAUAUAUUUAUUAACAGAAAAAUAGGAAUCUGAUGUUCACAGAAACCAUUAAAUUAAUCCCAACCUCUGUGUGAUUUGCAAUGUAAGCGUUGUAGGGAGAGAAUGGAAAAGUUCCCAAGUGCUUUUACUGUGGCCUUUGGUCAAUGACAGCUCUUGUUUCUGUGUUUGCCACUUACAGUACUGUAUGUAAGGAAGGUCAAUAAAAGGGUGUAGAAAUGUGGUAAAGUUUCAUCAACAUUUUUACCAGGAUGGUUGUGACAUACAAUAUUGGAAAAAAUCACCGCUCAGCAAAAUCUCUUUCUAGCACUUGCCUCUUAACUAAAAAUACAGUUAAGUUGUGUAAGUACUGGAUGCUUAGUGCAUGCAUCUUAACAGUGACUUCUUACCAAUCAAAUUUUAGACAUGGUCAAAUAGUUGGCCAACUUGGUCAUGUUGAUUUUCCUUAAUAAAACAUUUUAAACGUG